AUGAGCGCAGCGUUCCCGCCGUCGCUGAUGAUGAUGCAGCGCCCGCUGGGGAGUAGUACCGCCUUUAGCAUAGACUCGCUGAUCGGCAGCCCGCCGCAACCCAGCCCCGGCCAUUUCGUCUACACCGGCUACCCCAUGUUCAUGCCCUAUCGGCCAGUGGUGCUGCCGCCGCCGCCGCCACCACCUCCCGCGCUGCCCCAGGCUGCGCUACAGCCUGCUCUGCCCCCCGCGCACCCUCACCACCAGAUCCCCAGUCUGCCCACUGGCUUCUGCUCCAGCCUGGCGCAGGGCAUGGCUCUCACCUCCACGCUCAUGGCCACGUUGCCCGGCGGCUUCUCGGCGUCGCCCCAGCAUCAAGAGGCGGCGGCCGCCCGCAAGUUCGCUCCGCAGCCACUGCCUGGUGGUGGCAACUUCGACAAAGCCGAGGCGCUCCAAGCCGAUGCCGAGGACGGCAAAGCCUUCCUGGCCAAGGAGGGCUCGCUGCUCGCCUUCUCUGCGGCCGAAGCGGUGCAGGCGUCGCUCGUCGGGGCUGUCCGAGGGCAAGGGAAAGACGAGUCAAAGGUGGAAGAUGACCCGAAGGGCAAGGAGGAGAGCUUCUCUCUAGAGAGCGAUGUGGACUACAGCUCAGAUGACAAUUUGCCUGGCCAGACGGCUCAUAAGGAGGAAGAUCCCGGCCACGCACUGGAGGAGACCCCGCAGAGCGGUGGUGCAGCGGGCAGCACUACAUCCACUGGCAAGAACCGGCGGCGGCGGACUGCCUUCACCAGCGAACAGCUGCUGGAGCUGGAGAAAGAAUUCCACUGCAAAAAGUACCUCUCCUUGACCGAGCGCUCGCAGAUCGCCCACGCCCUCAAACUCAGCGAGGUGCAGGUAAAAAUCUGGUUCCAGAACCGCCGGGCCAAGUGGAAACGCGUCAAGGCAGGCAAUGCCAAUUCCAAGACCGGGGAGCCCUCCCGGAACCCCAAGAUCGUCGUCCCCAUCCCCGUUCACGUCAGCAGGUUCGCUAUUCGAAGUCAACACCAGCAGCUGGAGCAGGCCCGACCCUGA